AUUAUCGUUAUUAUUGUUUGAUUUAUUGUCUUUUUACAAACGUUCGGCUCAAUUAGUGCACAACUGGGCACAUAUUAUCUACCUAUAUAUAAUUGUCAAUUGUCAUACAGACAUAUAAAAUAUAAGUAUGAUUGAUAUUACAGUCAUUGCAAAUAACACAACAAUGAAUUACAAAUUACGAUAAUGAUAAUUUAAUAUUUUAAUGUAGGUAUCUAAUAUUAUAUCACACGAUAAUAAUAUAUUAUGACGGGAUGCCAUUUUUUUAAUAAUAAUAAUAGUUCAUAAUUUAUCAUUAUUCCGACCGCGCGUAUCAGUGACCAUUUCCUUUACACACGUCUUGCCGGAAGGCGGAAGAUGACACAACUAUGCGAUCAUCAUUGACGGCCACCGGUACGCCACGUACGAAUUUCUAUUUCUAUAUAUCACCGACGUAAUAACAUAUUAAACGUAUUUAAUCUAUUCUGUGUGUUGGGCCACAGGAAGUGUCGGGGAAAUAUUGAUUUCGAACAAUCGUUUUGCCUCCGCCACAGCAACAGUUGCAGCAUUACACGUCCAGCAUGUCAAAAGAGUCAAAAGACAGAAUACUGAUUUUGGGAGGAUGUGGCUUUAUUGGUCGUCACCUGGUCAAGUAUUUGGUGGACAACGAUCUUGCAUCGGCCGUGAGAGUAGUCGACAAAGUGCCACCCCAAAUUGCUUGGCUCAACGACGACCACAAGGCGGCGUUCGAAUCUCCCAUAGUAGAAUUUCUCAGUGCCAAUUUGAUAAAUCAAAGUUCUUGUGAGAAUGUUUUUGAAGGUUUUUUUGAUUAUGCUAUCAAUUGUGCCGGAGAAACUCGUGUUGAUUUACCAGACACCAUCUAUGAAGAGGGAGUCUAUAAGCUCGGCAUGAACUGUGCUCGUGCUGCUGCCAAGUUUGGUAUAAAACGUUAUGUUGAAGUGUCAUCAGGUCAGUUGACUGCCAACCACAAAGGACCAAUUAAAGAAGAUGAUAAAGUAAUACCCCUCACAUCCAUUGCAAAGUACAAAUAUGAAGUAGAAAAACAAAUGAAAACUAUUCCGAAUUUAAAUUAUACAAUUGUCCGGCCAGCUAUUGUGUACGGCAUAGGUGACAGAACUGGGCUCACACCAACUAUUGCGAUUGGUUCUUUAUAUCGUGGACUGGAAGAGCCUGUUCGAAUACUCUGGAAAGGAAGUACGUCUUGUAACACAAUACAUGUUGAAGACAUUAGUAGAGCUAUAUGGCAUUUGUUGAAAUCACCAGACGCUGUAGGGGAAACUUAUAAUUUAGUGGAUUGUGGUCAGACCACACAAGAUAUGAUAGCUGAAAUUGUGUCCUCAUUGUUUGGAGUUAAACACGAGUUUCUGGGCUCGGUUCUAUCAUCUUUAUGUAGAAAUGAUCUUGAUGUUAUUGCGUCCGAAGCAAAUGACAAACAUUCGGUGCCGUGGGCCGAGGCAUGCUCAAAGUCUGAUGUUCAUAACACUCCUUUAUCUCCAUUUAUUCACAAGGAUCACUUGAACGGCUAUCGCAUUCAAAUGAAUGGCAGUAAAUUUAUGAAUAAUUCUAGUUUCACAUUAAAACAUCCAAUUAUCACAGUUGAACUACUGAAACAGGUUGUUGAUGACUACAUUAAAAUGAAUCUUUUUCCUAAAUCAUUGCUAGAUUAAACGUGUUGAAAGUUACCAUUUCAUUAAGCACAAUUUAUUGUAAACUUAAUUUUGAUAUUUUCUGUGAUAUGUUAUUAGUUAUUACCAUUAUUUAAUAUUUAUUUAUAUUGAUUUAUUCAAAUUUAUGAAACAAUUAUUAAUGUUUAUCAAGUGAACUUUAUUAUAUAAUUGAGUUACUCAUACUUAUUUUUGGGUAUUAGGUAUUUGUUUUCAAUUAUAUUCAUACAUUUAUGCUGUGUUAAGUGGGCCAAAGAUUAAAAAAUAAAUAAAUAGAAUACAAAAGUACAUUA